CAGACACCCUCUCCAAUGUUCGUCUGCUAGCUGGCACUGACUAGCACGAAUCCUACGAGAUGGCUUACAUCCCUUCGAAGCAGUCGCUCCUCAGCUGUUGAGUGAGGAAACACGACAAGCAUAUGGAAAGCGGUGCCUGGUGAAACCUGUGCGCACUCCUCUCGUCUUCAGAGGAAGUCUUCAGGCUGGCUGUAUUCCGGCGCUUCUGUAUUCAGAAAUCGAAUGAUCUCCGCUAUAUCAGAGUUAUAAUCUCUUCCACGCUCAAAAUAUGUUCCCCCCGGAGAUCAGCUUCGGAGAGCUGAAAAAGCUUUUGGCUUGUUCGGAAAACUUCGUUCUGGAUGUUCGCGGAGCUGAAGAAUUCGACGGCGAUGGUUCGAUUCCCGGAAGCGUCAAUAUACCGCUGGGUGCGCUGGACGCUCUGAUCGGCGACCCUGUCGAUUUCGAAAGAGCAAUCGGACGUCCGAUUGGUCCUUCUGGCCGGAAUGUGAUCCUAUCCUGUAGAUCUGGAAGGAGGGCACUGCUGGCUCUCGACAAGCUGAAAGCGGUCGGGUAUAAUGACAUGAAAAUAUACAAAGGGAGCUUCAUGGACUGGCAGGCUAAUGGUGGAGAAGUGUUCAAAGCAAAAUAAACGAUGACUCCUCAUU